AGUAAGCUUAGCAGACGCUUGCACUUGCCAAGAUCCCGAGAUUGUAGCAUGUAACUUUGUUUAUGUUGUUUUUUUAAAAAGCCCGUGUUACAAUUGUGGAUUUAAAGGAUUCAUUCCUAUAUUUGUGAUGGCUUCACAUCCAGUCAUGGAACUUGAUAUUUGGAAAGGGGAAUGGGGCCUACCAUCAAUUGACGUUCAUUGCUUAGAAGUCAUGACCUAUGCCAAAUUCUCCGGAACACGGCUGGUAACGAAGUCGACCAAUAAUCCUUUAAGAACACCCACUGGCUCUUUACCAGUUUUUCAACACGAGAAUGAGUGCCUGACAAAAUUUGGUGAAAUAUCAGCUUACCUCAGGAAGAAUAACCAUACUGCAGAUUUUGAACUAUCUCCAAAACAGUGUGCUGAAGCAUUUGCAUACUCUCAUCUCAUUUAUGAGAAGCUUGCUCCAGCACUUCAAUUUGUGUGGUGGAUUGAUUCUAAAAAUUUUGUUGAGUUCAGUCGUCCACUUUAUGCCAAGCUUUUACCAUUCCCUUUAAAUUUCUAUUAUCCUGGUCAAUAUGAAAAACAUGCUAAACAACUAAUGGUUUCACUGUAUCCUGAAGAAGAGGAUUUUUCUGUCAUUGAAACAGCAGUUUAUAGACAAGCUGAAGAAUGUCUGAGCCUUUUAGCCACUAAACUUGGUGAAAAAGAAUAUUUUUUUGGACAAUCGCCUUCGUCUUUGGAUGCUGUAGUAUUUGCUCACUUAGCUCCGUUAUUGAAAGCUCCCCUGCCCAGUGCUGCUCUGCAAAACCACUUAAAAGCAUGUACUAAUCUCACUCGCUUCGUGGGACGUAUAUUGCAGCGAUUUUUCCCGAAAGAAGUCAAGGUAGAGCAAGAACAGAAAGAGCGACAGCAAACUGCUAAGCAAGAAGCUCCAUAUUCUGAUACUGACUUUCCAAACAAGUUGCGGAACAUAAGUAUUGCUGCGCUAGUUUCCUUCAUCGCGAUGAUUGCCUAUGCCACAUCGGCCGGCAUCAUACAGGUGGUGCCUGAAAGCGACGAGGAUGAAGAGUGAUUGCACUUCACGUCAAUAGGAUGAAUAGUGUCCGUACUCAUUAUGCUUUUUUCAGUAGACACAUGUGAUCAAGUCCAGCUUGAAAAGAAAAAGCCUUUCCAUACCAUCAGAGUCGAAUAAAUCUGUGUGUAUUUAGUCAUCAA